AUGGAGAUUGAAAAUAUUGUCGCAAAUACGGUGUACAUCAAAGCGAGAGAAAGUAUGUUCUUCAGCAUUUUCUUGUGGUUUCGAAACACAUUGCAAAAAAAAAAGUUAGACAAACAAAACAAUUUAAACAAACUACCCCCCAAUUUUUGUUCUUUAUUUUGUCAAGUGGUCCCUGAAUGAUUUGUGAUUACUACGGGGGAGGGAAAUAUUGGGGGGAGACACGUAGUACAUACAAACUAACUAACAGCAAAACAAUCAAUUUUUUGUUUAUUGGUUAGUUUGACACUGCAUUCUUGGAAAUAGUAGAAAAUCUAAAUUGAGAAAUAAAUUUUUUUGCAGGUGGUGGACAAAAGAAAGGAAAAAGUAAAAAGUGGAAGAAUUAUCUGCAAUUUCCACAUUAUACCGAAUGUCUUCCACUCAAAUCGGAAAUUGAUGUCAGUUUUGCGUACAUUGUUGAGAAACAACCCAUCGGAAAACUCCUCUUCCACGAAUUUUGCGAAAGCAGCAGUGAGCAAUAUCAUGCUUGCUGCACAUUUUUGACAAAAGUUGAGGAGUAUGAAACAUCGGAUGAUGAUAUACAAUCAAGACGGGAUUUGGCGACCGCUAUUAUUGCAUUAUUAGCCCCGAAAAAUUCGGAAGACAAACCAUCGGUAAACCUUUUCAUCUUUUUUUAUUAUUUCUGUUUUCAAACCAUUUUUUUCAGUCAUCACAAGAUGAACAAACCUCUUGGAGUUCAUUUUUACCUGAUGAAGUGAUAUCAAAAUGUUUAUCAUCGGCUGAUUCGGCAACCCAUCAAAAUGAUCCGGCUAGCGACAUUUUCUCGGAAGCUUAUAGGUGAGCAUACUUUGGUCUCGAAAAAAUUGAAACAAACACAUGAACAAAAAAAAAAAGACAAAUUAGUCUCAUUAUAAUCAAGUUGAAACACUCUCAUACGUUUCAUUUGAUUGGCUUUUUGAAAAUGGAAAAAACGUUGAGAGAUUCUUUUUGAACAAAAUUGUGAAUUGAUCUACGGAUUCAAACCUGGCGUUGCAUUUUGAAAAAAAAACAGUUUGGAAACUGUUGAAUUAAUGGUUUUCAAAUAAGAAAUUGCUUGUUUUGAACAGAAUCAAGGGUCAUAGAACAAUUUAAUCACAGUGAAAUAAAUUACCAAAACCAGAGCUCAAACUGCAAGCUCUCAAAAAUAUUUAUGUGAUCCUAUUUCAGAUUGGCAAGAGAGUUUCUCACCGAAAAACCAUUUCAAGAAUUUGUCGACUCAAUGUAUUUCCAUCGAUAUCUUCAAUGGAAAUUCCUUGAAAAACGACCCGUCGACAAACACACAUUUCGAUUAUAUCGGGUAUUGGGCAAAGGUGGAUUUGGAGAAGUUUGCGCGUGCCAGGUGAGUAAUUUCUCUCUCAUAAAAGUGCAUAUCACAAAUUGGCCCAACUAAAAAAUUCGUAAUAGGCUUGGUUAGUCCGGACUUGGUUUGCACCCAAAAAACAAAGACUUUUUCCGUAUGCAAAAAAUCACAAGAACACAUCUAUUUUUGGAAAAAUUGAAUUUCCCCCCGGAGGAUUUUCUCUCAACUCUGUCCUUUUUUGGGAAAGAAAAAAUAAAAAAAAAAAAAGAAGAAAAAGUACAUUUGCAGGUUCGUGCCUCUGGAAAAAUGUAUGCAUUGAAAAAACUGGAGAAAAAACGAGUCAAGAAGCGUCAUGCGGAGAUUUUGAGUCUGAACGAGAAGCAAAUUCUACAGAAAAUCAACUCGCCGUUUGUGGUAAGCAUAUUCAUUCAUUUAUUAUUUCAAAAUAAAUAAAUAUAUCUCAAAAAGAUAUAUUUAUUUAUAUAUAUAUAUAUGUAUGGCCUGUGUUUGUCGUUCAACGUCUUCUUUUUCUUUUUGCCACCAACACCAUCUCUUUUACAUAGAAAAAAACCGAAAAGUAGAGGGAGGACGAAAAGGGCAUGAAUAAGAAAAAUACAUUUCCGAAAUUUGGAUUAGCACUUCUUUCUCACUCGAAAAUGAGAUCAAAUGAGCAAAAUGUUGUGUGUUUACAGGUCAGUCUUGCAUAUGCUUACGAGACAAAAGAUGCGUUAUGUUUGGUGUUAACAUUGAUGAAUGGCGGUGAUUUGAAGUUUCAUUUGUAUAAUCUGAUGCCUGGCGGGUUUGAUGAGAAAAGGGUACAAUUCUACGCGGCUGAAAUCACACUCGGCCUUCAACAUUUGCAUAAUGAAAAAAUUUUAUAUCGUGAUCUCAAACCGGAAAAUAUUUUGCUUGAUGAUAAUGGACAUGUUCGAAUAUCUGACUUGGGAUUGGCUGUUGAAUUGAAAGAUAAUGAAGCUAUCAAAGGUCGUGUUGGAACUGUUGGUUACAUGGGUAUGUUUGAAAAAACAUUUUUAAAUUUGAAAAAAAAAGUCAGUUUCUUCUGAAUUAUCAUCUACAAUACUGUGCUUCUGUAAAACCUCCCAACACAUCCAAAAUCCAAAAUAUUUCAAAUUGAUUUCAGCUCCGGAGAUAGUGAAAAACGAACGAUAUGCAUAUGGUGUUGAUUGGUGGGGUGUCGGAUGUUUGAUCUAUGAAAUGAUUGAAGGAAAAGUAAGUUGUCCUAACAAAUUGAAUAAUGUGUUUUCUCCACAUUACUUUUUGCAGGCGCCGUUCCGUCAGCGAAAAGAGAAAGUGAAGCGAGAAGAAGUUGAACGACGUGUACGAGAAGACCAAGAGAAGUACUCUGAAAAGUUCAGCGAAGCAGCACGAACACUUUGUCGGUUAGUGUGUUUUUUUAUUGAGUUUCGCUUUUUUUGUUGCUUCCUCCUUGCUCAAAGAAUGAAUGUGGACUGAUUAUAUUUCAGCGGAUUGUUACACAAAGAGCCAUCAUUUCGGUUGGGAUGUCGACGCGUUGGAAAACCGGAAGAAGGGGCUGAAGAGAUUCGAGCUCAUCCGUUCUUCAAUUUGGCCGAUGCAGCAACAAGUCGCGAAGCUGUUCCGUGGAAAAAGAUGGAAGCUGGAAAGGUACAUCUCGUUUUUGAGAAGCAAAGACAGAAUUUAAAAAAAAAACAUUUUUAAAAAAUUUUAGUCUGUUUUUUAGAAAAACUUUAGAAGAUUCAAGUCAAGUGAGUUUUGGAUUUAAUAGAGAGUAGUGUUUUCUUAAUUGUGCCUAAACCUUUUAUUCAGUCAAUUUUUUUCUUUACAUACGUAGAUCGCUUCAAAACAAUUUUAACAACCAACAUUCACUGAAAAACCAUUCUUCAGGUUUCACCACCAUUCUGCCCUGAUCCACGAGCUGUUUAUGCAAAAGAUGUGCUCGAUAUCGAACAAUUCAGUACGGUAAAAGGUGUUCGUUUGGAUGCAACUGACACUCAAUUCUAUGGAAAAUUCAACACGGGUUCAGUCAGUAUUCCAUGGCAAAAUGAGGUGAGUAAACAACUCGUUUUUUGUCGCUAUUUCUGACUAAUCCGAAUGUCGAAAAAAAACGUUCAUUAGGACAAGAGUAUCAUAUUUAUUAACGAUCAGAGCGUUCAGUUUCCGAUGAAAUUUGAGCGAUUAUUCUGGAUCGUUUUCACAGUGGGAGGGAUGACGCUCAAUGUGUUUGUGUUUAAAGCAAAGAUGAAGAAUUCGCUAGGGGGUUUUGGUCUGAUUGGAUAGUAAAAUCUAGAAAACAAUUAUUUUUGGAAUCAGUGGGAAAGGGAUCAAAUUAUGCAAAUGUGAUUAGACGGAUACUGAAAGUGUACAAAAAUUCUUGAAAAAUUAAAAUAAAGUUAACGUUUUGAAUUUCAAUAGAAAUGAUUAUUGACCUAAAAAUUGAUUAUUUCAAAUUCGAGAAUUUCCCAGUUAAAAACCAUCAGACCAAUAAAAUCGAUUUCAUUGUUUCAAAUUCCUGUUUACCCAAAUGUUCGAUUUUUUGAGCUUUGGAUUGAUUCAGACAAUUUUUCAAAUCUGAAAUAUUCUCGGGAAAAAUACGGCGCCAAGGCUACAUCCUGGGGCGCUAAGGCGACAUUCUGGGGCGCCGAGGCGGGAAGUGCUCUCGCCUCGGCGCUAAAAAGGUGCGCAGAGAGAACGCACCGGCGCUAAAACGGCGCGCGAAGAGACGCACCGGCGCUAAAAUGGUGCGCCAGUGAGACGAAAAAAUAAAAAAGGUGCGGAAAAGGGCAUCGAACUUGGGUCAAAACAAUGACAACCCAUCCUCUUAUCCACUCGGACACGCUUGCUACAUUUUUAGUGCGGAAAAUUUCGAUGAAAAGAGAACAAGAGUCAUUUGUAUGGUAAAAUAAUGGAUUUUUCAUGAAAAUGUCGCCUUGGCGCUAAAAAGGUGCCGUAAUUUCGGCACCUUUUCAGCACCGGGGCGGCCAAAAUUCCUCGACAAUUUUUGUCGCCUCGGUGCUAAAAAGGUGCCGUAUUUUUCCCGAGUUUGAGUUGGUUAUGAAAUUGUAUCCAAAUAUUCUAAGCUCACUUCAACUGCUCACUACUGAAAAAUUCAAAACAUUUUUUUUUCAGAUGAUUGAAACCGAAUGUUUCGCCGAACUCAAUCAAUACAAAGACGAAGAAGGCAAUCUUUAUUGGAACCUUCGUCCAGACGGUAUGAAUGCUGAAGAACGUCGUAACGGCACCACCAAGCAAGGCUUCUUUGCCAGAUUGUUUCGUAGAAAGGUAUUUCAUUUUUUCCUCCCACAUUUUUUGCUGUGUGCUUACCAACAACAACAACAACAAUCAUAAGCAUGUUUUGUUUUUUAUCAUCUUUUUUCAUUUUGCAGGAUUCAAGUUCUGCUGCAAGAAGUUGA